AUGGCGCUUUUCAGAUCAAGAUCAGUGGGUGAGGACGUCGGCCCCACCUUGGUUGCCAUCAACAAAGAUAAGAACAGCCAGUGUGCUGUGAAAUGGGCAGUUGACAACCUUUUGGGCGACAAGAACGCUCAUUGCACCCUCAUUCACGUUAGAAGCCACAGCUUUCAUCAUCUCUCUAAAGAUGGCCGCCCACCAACUGAAGCCGAGUUGCAACAGUUCUUUCUCCCCUACCGAGGAUUCUGUGCACGAAAAGGGAUUGUAGGCAAGGAAGUUGUCCUCCACGACAUUGAUGUUCCAAAUGCGCUUGUCGAUUAUGUUGUUCGCAACUCCAUAUGCAAUAUUGUUGUUGGUGCUUCCCAUCACAAUGCUCUGACAAGAAAAUUUAGGCCUGCAGAUGUGGCUACUUCCUUACUCAAAUCUGUACCAGAAACCUGUGCUGUAUAUGUUAUAUCGAAAGGAAAAAUUCAGACUUCACGGUCAGCAACUGGACCUCAAACGCCAAAAAGUAAUGGAGCUACUCCCAGGAAUAAUAGCUCUCAACGGACACCGCUUUCCAGCUUUCUUCAGGGUGUGCCAGACUUCGAAGAUGUGAUCAGUCAAGGGAGUUCAGCUGGUAGAAUAUCUUUGGAUAAAAGAGCUGAUUUUAAGCACGUCCUGCCAAAAGCACAUAGGUCUGGCAGCAAAACAAAUUCACCAACGCAGUCAGUUACAUCAGUUACGUCAGAUAAGCUAUCCCAUGGGAAUUCCAUAUCAGGUGGUAGUGAUUUCUCAGGGCCACUUAGUUUCCAAUCAAAUGGCUCUGACAAUGUAGACUUCUCAAUGAACUCGGAGGGUUCCAUUAACUCUUUCUCCUCACAGUCCGCCUUGGAUGCUGAGAUGAGGAGAUUAAGGCUUGAAUUGAAGCAAACUAUGGAUAUGUAUACUUCAGCUUGCAAAGAAGCUUUGGCAGCUAAGGAAAAGACGCGGGACCUGCAAAAAUGGAAGACAUCAGAAGAGCAUAAGCUAGAGGAAGCCAAGCUUGCGGAAGAGGCUGCACUGGCUUUGGCUGAUGUGGAGAGGCAGAAGAGCAAGGCUGCAACGGAAGCAGCACGGAUGGCACAACGACUAGCAGGUAUGGAAACCCAUAAGAGAAAAAUUGCAGAAAGGAAAGCCAAGCAGGAGGCUGGAGAGAGAAGGAGAGCAAUGGAUGCUUUGGCACAAAACCACAUUCGGUAUAGAAGAUACACCAUUGAAGAAAUUGAACUUGCAACAGAUUACUUUAAAAUUUCAAACAAGGUAGGGGAAGGUGGAUAUGGACCUGUUUAUAGAGCCUGGCUUGAUCACACUGCUGUUGCCAUCAAGGUCUUGAGGCCAGACAUAUCACAGGGGCAAAGGCAAUUCCAACAAGAGGUUGAGGUUUUGAGCUGCAUUAGGCAUCCACACAUGGUUCUCCUAGUAGGUGCCUGCCCAGAGUAUGGCUGCCUCAUAUAUGAGUACAUGGAAAAUGGAAGCUUAGAAGACCGGCUCUUCCUGAAGAGCAACACUCCUCCAAUCCCAUGGGGAGUCCGUUUUAAAAUAGCUGCUGAAAUUGCAACUGCCCUCCUUUUUCUUCACCAGACAAAACCAGAGCCGUUGGUGCAUCGCGACCUCAAGCCAGCAAACAUUCUCCUAGACCGAAACUAUGUGAGCAAGAUUGCUGAUGUAGGCUUGGCUAGGCUAGUUCCACCAUCUGUAGCUGAUGCUGUCACUCAAUACCGCUUGACAGCAGCAGCCGGUACAUUUUGUUACAUUGAUCCAGAGUAUCAGCAAACAGGAAUGUUGGGUGUGAAAUCAGACAUAUAUUCUUUAGGGGUGAUGCUAUUGCAGAUCAUCACAGCAAAGCCUGCAAUGGGUUUGUCCCACCAGGUUGAGGAGGCUAUUGAGAAAGGUGCAUUUGCUGAGAUACUUGAUCCUGCAGUGACAGACUGGCCUGUUGAAGAGGCUUUGUCGUAUGCAAAAAUGGCCUUGAAAUGCUGUGAACUGAGGAGGAGGGACAGGCCAGAUCUCAGUGCAGUCAUCUUGCCUGAGCUGAACCGGCUAAGAGAUCUCGGGAUGAAAAAUGAAGCGAGUGAAGUUGCCAAUGGACAAGAUCCAUACGUGUCACAAUUUUCAACGUCGCUUCCACCAGUUGGAUCAACCUCAUCUGCAAGCCAGGAAGGAAUGAGAGAAAAUCCUAAUGUGGAAAAUGGAAAUUCAACGUAG